AUGUCUGGUCCUCCGUCUCGCAUCCGCUCCAUCCUCGGCCAUCUCAUCCCCCAUCAAGCCACGCCUCCUCACAUCCACCACCUCUCGCCCACCUUCUUCCUCGAGCGCGCCGCGUCCAUUGAGCCCAAUGCCGAGGCAAUCUACCACAUCACGUCCAACGGCGCCAUCCUGCGCCGCUCCUAUCAGGAAUUCGCCGACCGCGCCAGAGGCUUGGCCAAUUACCUCAAGAAGCACGACCUGAAGCGCGUGGGCAUUCUCGCGCCCAACACGCCGGCCUUUCUCGAGGCCAUCUACGGCAUUCCGGCGGCGGGCGCCGUGAUUGUGCCGGCAAACUACAGGCUGAAGCCCGACGACAUUGCCUACAUCUUUGAGUUUGCCGAGGUCGACAGCAUCAUUGUCGAUGCCGAGUUUGUCCAUUUGUUGGAUGCGUUCAAGGCAAAGCACCCAAAGGUGCCUCUGAUCAUUGAUUCGGUACGGCUCACCUCCAUCUCGCUUCGUGACACCGACGCCACGGAAGGCCAAUUGUGCGGCCCCUUUGACGAGGCCGUGCUGGAAGGACUCAACUACGACCGCUCCAGUGGCAAUGCAGGCUGGGCCGGUCUCCAUUCGCAUGCCACCAACGAGGAUGACAUGAUCGCCAUCCCCUUUACCUCGGGCACCACGUCUCGGCCCAAGGGAGUUGUCUUUACCAACCGAGGGGCGUAUCUUGCUUGCAUGGGCAACAUUAUCGAGUCCGGGCUGAACCAGGGUCGCUGCAAGUACCUCUGGACCCUUCCAAUGUUUCAUGCCAUGGGCUGGACAUUUCCAUGGGCUGUUGUCGCAGUGCGCGGCUUGAAUGUUUGUCUGCGAAAGAUUGACUACCCGCUUAUCUGGAAGCUGUUGAAGGAGUUGCGCAUCACUCACUUCAAUGCGGCCCCGACAGUCAACACGCUUCUGGUGGCGUCAAAAGAGGCAGAGAAGCUUCCUCACGAGUGCCGAGUAACUGUCGCUGCCAGCCCGCCGAGUGCCCAUCUCUUUGAGCAAAUGGCAAGUAAUCUGAAAAGAGCUACAACGUGUACCAACUUGAAUCUCAUGCCUGUACAUGUCUAUGGCAUGACAGAGACGUACGGUCCCCUCACGAAAUGUUACGUGCUGCCGGAGUGGGACGAUCUUCCUCCACACGAAAAGUUCGCCAAGAUGGCUCGCCAGGGCCACGGCUUCAUCACCAGCCUUCCUAUCCGAAUUGUCAAGCCGGACCAGCCCGGCGGAGUCCUGGUCGACGUGGAGAAGAACGGCAAGGAGAUUGGCGAGAUUGUGUUCUUUGGCAACAUCUGCGCCAAGGAGUACUACAAGGAUCCCGAGGCGACGCGGAAGCUGUUUGAGGGAGGCGGGCUGCAUUCGGGAGACCUGGCGGUCUGGCACCCCGACGGCAGCGCCCAGAUUCUGGAUCGGGCCAAGGACAUUAUCAUCUCUGGGGGCGAGAACAUUUCGUCGGUAGCCCUGGAGAGCAUGCUGGUCGAGCACCCGGACAUUCUCGAGGCGGGCGUGGUGUCCGUUCCCGACUCUCACUGGGGCGAGCGGCCCAAGGCAUACAUUACUGUCAAGGAGGGCAAGAGCCUGGUUGGCGAGGACGUGAUUGACUGGGCCAAGCACCAGAGCAGCAUCAGCAAGUUUAUGGUGCCGCGGGAGGUUGAGAUUGUGGAUGAGCUGCCCAAGACGAGCACCGGCAAGAUUAAGAAGAAUGUGUUGCGGGAAUGGGCCAAGACGGGGCGCAGGGAGUGA